AUGAUCAGAUCAUUUCGACGUUAUCGUUUUGCAUUUCAUCCUGCUCCUAACCGAUAUGUUUGUUUACUGGUUUGUACGUUAAUUCUUUUAUUCAUUCAAUUUCUUCGGUGCACAACCAAAAAUGACUGUACACGUCUAUUCUUUUGUCCUGAUCGUCAGUUAAUUCUGUAUCCAGAAACGCGAAUGGUCGAAGAAAAUCAACAAACUCUAUGUAGUCAACGUUCGAAAGUUCGCGGUCGACACCAACAUGUCAUUGGCGUAUCCGCUUACCUGUCAGAACAAGAUAAUAAAGAUUUAUUAGCAGUUUUGAAAACGCACCUAUUUCAGUAUUUCGAUGAAGCGAAAGAAAAAUAUCCCGAUUGGAUCGUACGUGUUUACUACUUUUCUUUGAAUAUAACUCAACAAGAAAUUCUUCAAAUCGAAACAUACUAUCCCAAUGUAGAUCUGUGCGAUUCAACAAACCUUCCUUUCUUGGGAAAUGUCGUAUCAUGGUUACCAGGAAAAAUGCAACGUUUUCUUCCGAUAGUCGAUCCAUUUGUUGAUAUCUACAUGUCUCGCGAUGUCGACUCUCCUAUACUUGACCGCGAAACAACCAUUGUGCGGACAUGGCUGGAUUCCCAAGAGCACACUAUUCAUAUUAUCCGCGAUCAUCCUGAACAUACAGUACCAAUCUUAGGAGGUCUAUGGGGUAUUAAAACACACCGCGAACGCUCGCUAGUCAAAGAUAUUAGUCAGUAUUUACUUUCACCCGAUGUCGUUCGCUGCUAUACAGGUAAAGGCGAUCAAAUGUUCCUCGAAGAUUAUAUCUGGCCAUACGCAAAUAUACAUCGUGAUAUCACUCUGGAAUAUGAUAGUUUUCUGUGCAAAAGAUUCACUCAUGCCUUACCCUUCCCAAUACGAAAACAAUCACCCACUCUUUUCGUCGGUUGUCGUCGACCGAAUUGUACACUUGAUAAACAUCCGGAAUGCCCGAAAAGAUGCCGGCCAGCAGAUCAUCCUGAUUGGAUAUGGUGUUAA